AUUUUUAUAUUUGCUGUGUGUGUGUGUGUGUGUGUGUUUGUGUAUAUAUAUAUAUAUAAAUAUGUGUAUAGUCGACUCGCAUGCGAGUCAAAAAAAAUAAAAUCUCCUCAUUCGAAGGAUUGACUUGAUAUAAUAAAAUUUCCAAUAUUGUUUGACGAGGAUUUUUUUAUUUCAUCUUUUUUAUAUUCAGGGAUCAGAGAAUGGCGAUGAUAAAAAUUGGAAAACGUCGACAGAGCUGACGAGAGGAUCUUUUAGGAAAACCCAUUAUAUUUAAUUAAUUUAUUUUAUCGUCUGACUAAUCAAAGGUGGGCCGAGGCAUUUGAUUAAUUGCUUUCACCUUUUCACAUCUCUUUUUUUUCAUCAGUCAUGGAUCCCUAUUCAUUGAGUGUUGAACGAGAGGCUUCAAAAAAUAUCGAAGAAAAUGAGAGAGAAUGUUUUAAGGAUGCCAUUGUAUCGAGUAGAAGUUUAAAUAAAGGAUUUGUUGAACCAACAAAAAUUAAAAAUGCAAUUCCCGAGGUGGCAGCUUGUAUAAUUGCAGCAUCAUUUCACAUUGCCGUUGGUUUGAGUAUGGCAUAUUCGGCAGUUAUUAUUCCGGUUUUACAAAAAGAAUCGAACUCGACUGAAAUUUAUUCAAACUCAAGUUCGACAAAUUGGACUGAGCCACAUGAAUUGCAUGCAACAAAAGAAGAAUGUUCCUGGAUUGCAAGUAUCGUGAUUCUUUGUACGCCAUUUGGUGCAUUUAUUGGAAGUUUUUUAAUGGAAUCAUUGGGAAGAACGAGAACAUUACAAUUGGGAACAAUACCAUGUAUCGCUGGUUAUAUAUUAAUUGCAACGGCACAAAAUUUACCAAUGAUAUUUAUUGGUCGUGUAUUGGCUGGUUUAGCAACGGCACUGGCAACAUCGCCUGCAAUUGUUUAUAUUACUGAAGUUGCACGACCCGAAUUACGCGGUGCCUUAAUGUCAUUUGGACCAACAUUGGCAUCGUUUGGCAUGCUAUUGGCAUAUUUAAUGGGUGCCUUUUUACCAUGGCGUAAUGUCGCCUGGUUUAGUAUUAUUUUUGCUAUUUUCCCAGUUUUUCUCAUUCAAUUUAUUGUACCUGAAUCGCCAGUGUGGUUAGUGACAAAGGGAAAAAUUGAAGAGGCACGCAAAAGCUUGGAAUGGUUUUAUAAAUUCGAGGAGGAUGGAAAAAUUUCUGGACUCGAGACACAAUUUACAACGAUUAUGAAGGAAAAUGAAAUUCGACUCAGUAAUCAACGACGCAGUAAACGCGGUGGUUUUUUAACUAAAUUUCAAGCAUUCUUAAAACCAACUGGAUGGAAACCAAUGUUCAUUUUAUUCAUGUUCUUCCUUUUUCAACAAUUCUCAGGAAUUUACAUUACUUUAUUCUAUGCUGUAAAUUGGUUCGAUGGAAUUGAAGUAAAUGCAUAUAUAGCUUCAAUUUUAGUUGGUUUAACACGAUUUUUAUGCUCAAUGGUCAACACUGUUCUUCUUCGACGUUUCAAGAGACGUAUUCUUUGUAUUGUUUCCUGUUUUGGAAUGGCAAUUUCCAUGUCAGUUUCCGGUUAUUAUAGACUUAAAAUCGAACAAGGCAGCAAUGAUGGAAACUGGGUGCCAGUUCUUUGUCUUUUACUCUAUGUGUGUACAUCGAUGAUUGGAAUGUUAACGAUACCAUGGACAAUGACGGCAGAACUUUUUCCAACUGAAAUUCGUCAUAUUGCCCAUUCGAUAAGUUAUUCAAUGGCAAAUCUUCUUAUGUUUGGCGCUGUUCAAAGUUAUUUUGGAUUAAUUGAAUUUUUAGGAGCUCCCCAUCGUCUUCACUGGUUUUUUGCCGGAGUUUCCCUUGGUGCCGCUGUUUUUGUUUGGCUCUUACUUCCCGAGACUCAUGGUAAAAAAUUAUCUGAAAUUGAAGAAUAUUUCCAUAAUAAUUUCAUUGCCGCUGGCGCUGAGUCAAAGGAUCGAAAACGUCGAAUUAAACGACGACAACAACAAAAAGCAAAAAAUGCCGCACGAGAACCACUUAACGCCAAAAGUCCUCAAACUGUUUAAAAAAAAGAAAGAAAAAAAAAAAAUAUUCAGUGUCUGAGGCUAGUUUACUUAAUUUAAAAACAAACAUUUGCUAUUUGAAAAAAAUUAGAUUUUUUCCCUUUUUUUAGAAAAUUGGAUUCUUUUUAAAUAUAUAUAUAUAUAUAUAUAUAUAUAUAUAUAUGACAAAAGAGAAUUUUUUUACGAAAGGAAAAAAAAUUUUAUAAAAAAAAUAUUAUUAAUUAUUCAUUAAUUAAUAAUAAUUAAUAAUUAAUUAUUUAAAUACAAUUAAUAAAUAAUUAAAUAAUUAAUUAAAUAAUUAACUAGUAAUCAAAAUAGUAGGAAAAUUCGUGUUAAUAUUGACAAAUUUUCAUAUUGCAAUACUUGAAUAAGAUUUUUCCUAUCGUCUCUCUUAAUGUGCCUUUUAUCGAAUAAUUAAUUUUAUUUUUUGUUGUAAGUUCUCUAGGCUUAAUGUGACAAUAGUAUUAUAACGAAGCAACGAAUUUAUUUAAUUUUUCUUUUUAAAUGACAAAAAUUUGUUUUUUUUUUCAAAAAAAAAAGAAAGAAAGAAAAAUGAUGAUCAAAAAUACUUUUCUAUUGUAAGUAAUAAUUAAAUAAUAUGAUUAAUUUUUAAUUAUUUACUAAUUUAUUAAUUAAUUUCAAAAAUUUAUUAUUCAAUUAUUUAUAAUUUUAAUAAUAAAUAAAUUAAUUAACAUAGUAAUUAUUUAAUUAAUCAAUUAAUUACCUAAUUAAUUUAUUUUUUAAUUGCUUAAUUAAUUAAUUAUUUAACUUAAUAUUUUUUUAUUAUUAUUUAAAUAUUUAUUUAUAAUUAAUUACAAAAUUGUGAUUAAUCAUAAUAAUUAAUUAUUAAAUUAAUUAAUAAUUAAGGUAAUUAAUUAAGUAAUUAAUUAAUUGAUUUAUUUAUUAAUUAAUAAAUUAGUUUUAUAAUUAAAAACUACACUUUCCAGAUUUCUUUUGUUAUUAUUAUUAUUAUUAUUUUUUAUUUUUUUUUUAUUAAUGUUAAAUUUUAGUAAUUUUCUAUAGCAAUUUCUUUUGUAGAAUUUUUUUUCGUAAUUUAUAUUAAUUUCUACAUAAUAUUAUAAUUAAGUACUUAAAAAAUUUGUUUUCAGAAUUUUUCUAUAAAUAAUGUGAUAAAUAUUAAGAUACGUGACAUUGAAUUUCAAUAAAUAUGUUUGUGCUUUGUUCCUUUUUAUAAUAAUUUCAAGUCGAUGCCAUUAUGAUGAGAGUAAAAGAAAAGAAAACGGUAUUAUUCAAAGCUACAUUUGUGAUAGAAUAAUAUAAUAAUUAUUAUUUUUCCUUCGAAUAUUCGCAAAAAACAUGUGAUAAAUCCGGCAUAUUUUUUUUAUAUAUUUAUCUAUAAUUAUUAUUAUUAUAACAAUAAAAAUAUAAUAAGAAAUGUA